AUGUUGAUUUUCAACUUGUUCAAUAUCGCCAUCUUGGCCCUGAGAAACCAAGUGUUCGCGACACCGGUCCCUGGCGACAACACACGUCACGCUCGCAGCCCCCCGCCUCCUAUCCCCCCAGCACCUCCAGCAACCACCGCAAACAAGUCAACUGUAGAGAUUCACCCACGUAUUGCCCCCCAAGUCGGCCCUAUCCCGAAAAUCCACCUUGUCCCAAGGCACCAGCUCGACAACUUCGCCGGCAAACCCGUUCCUCCACAUCGACCACACCAACGGCGCGACCUUCCAGACAUCGGCCAGGUGGUCGCCUACCCGUUCGGCAAACUACCAGACUUCGUAAAAGACGACAGGUAUGAGUGGAAUAACAUACAAUACCCCGCCUAUGCCUUCGGGAGGGUUCUCCUGGGCGCAAAGUCAUAUGCGAACGCUCAGCCGAGAACUUGCAGUGGAUCUCUGGUUGGUCCACGACACGUCUUGAUAGCGAGGCACUGCUUUGGGGAUAAAUUAGCCGACAGUAUUUCAUUUGAACCCAACUUUUUUGAGGGCCGGAGCGGAGGGACAUCGUACGCGACGGACGUCAUCACUCUGGACGGCCUAGAAUGUCAAAAAACGCCCAAAGAUGGAGAAGAGAAAUUUAAUUGUGCACUCUUGAACGACUGGGCUAUCUUGAUCCUCGCGGAUCGAAUGGGUGAGACACACGGGUACCUCGGGGUAAAAGAAUUCGAUACAAAGAUACUGAUGAUGAACAAGCAACCCUUUUCACAUGUGGGAUUUCCUAAUAAAUUCUUGUACGACAAAGCAAAGCCUCUGAGACAGGAUGGAAUAACAGUGGAGAAAUGUUAUACCUCUUGCGAUAUUCCUGGCGACCGGCUGUUGACUGACGCAGAUUGCCAGUGCGGAGCAUCAGGAGGACCCUUGUUUCGAAUGGAAGAUGGGCUAGCUUGGCAGUAUGGGGUGGCGAGUUCACGUUUUUGGGACCUCCCCAAAAGCCAGACUCCUCCAGAUAGGUGUGCUUUUGUAUCCAGCACCAAGUUUAUCACUGCAGCUGCUAUGGCGCGACAGCACUUUCCUUAG